GCAUUUUCGACAUCACUAGUAGCUAAUUGCGAACACGUAUAAUUUCGUGACAUAGCUAAAAAACAUAAAGUACACCGCGCACACAGGAUUGUUGGCAGGAUGAUGCUGAUCGGGCUAGUACUGUUCGUCAUGUGGACCAGGACUGCCGUGUCAGAGCUGCCUCCUGGAGUAACGUCAUGCCCAAGAACGAACAACUUGUCGGAAUAUGAUAAAUGUGUUUUAAAGCAAUUACAAGCCCUUACGCCAUAUCUCGCCAAGGGAGUACCUUCUUUGAAACUACCAGCUUUAGAUCCAUUGUUUCUACCAUCCUUGACUAUAGAUAGAAACCUAGAAUCCUUGAAAAUCAGGGCUAACAUGAGCCAGAUUCGCGUUUACGGCGGCACGAAUUAUGUCAUGCAGGAGCUCAAAGCGAAUCCUAAUGAUUUAACGAUUUCCAUAAAGGCUCGAAUGCCUCAUAUGUAUGUAAGCGGCGAUUAUGAUGUUCAGGGCAGGCUGUUGUUGCUGCCUCUAAGCGGCGUUGGUAACUUUAAAGGAAAUUUCACUAACACUGAUGCCCAAGUAAACGCACAAGCCAAGGAAGUUAUUGAUAAAAACGGCGUGCAACGGAUCGAGAUCGAUAAGUUAGUUACUAAAAUCCGUGUCGGUGAUGGAAAUAUUAUACUAAAAGCACCUCCUGCACACACGUUAGCCGCCGAUGCAGCUGCAACGUUCUUUAACUCGAAUCCCCGUCUAGUCUUGGAAAUAGCCAGUCCAAUUAUUGAGGAUACAGCAGCAACUGUCAGCAAAGCUCUAGCUGCUAGAGCACUUAGUGUUCUCACUAAACAAGAACUCGUCCCCUAAUCCUUAAGUAGUCGAGUUUUGUUCGGUAUAUUGUUUGGUCUUUCAUAAAAAAGAAAGAAUAGAAAAAAGCGAAUAGUUCGAUGAAUAUUUUAGUCGAUCUGAUUUAGUUUUUAUCUACUUCUUCAUCGCGCAUCGUGAUAAUAUUCACCGGGCAAUCGGUGAGGUAUGUAGAAUUGUUACUUUAUGUCCAAAGAAAAUAUUAUAUUUUUUAAUUAAUUAAUCACCUUGUGCAGUUUUAGAGAGACAUUCUCACACUUUUGUAUGCGAAAGGCAUUGAAAUGUUUAUUCUUUUAUAUAGCAGGAUUACAAUAGAAUAUACAACUCAUUAUAUAUAAAUUGAUUAGC